ACAUUCCUCCGGGCCGAUAGGGGGCGUUGCAGCAUUGGGACACCGCCUUCUCUGCCGCUUCAAACUGAAGUCCAAAGAAGUCGGAGUCACGGAAAGAAACAGGAAGAAGACGAACUCGGCACCACAAUGACUUCGACCAGGAGACUAGGCAAGGAGCUGGAUGACAUGCGCAAAUCUGGAAUGAAGCAUUUCCGGAACAUUCAGGUGGAUGAGUCGAAUAUUUUGACCUGGCAGGGCCUCAUCGUUCCCGACUGUCCUCCUUAUGACAAAGGAGCCUUUCGGAUCGAGAUCAUCUUCCCUGCAGAGUAUCCCUUUAAACCCCCUAAGAUCACCUUCAAGACAAAGAUCUACCACCCCAACAUCGACGAGAAGGGCCAGGUGUGCCUGCCCAUCAUCAGCGUGGAAAACUGGAAGCCGGCUACAAAAACGUGCCAAGUGAUUCAGUGUCUGAUUGCGCUGGUGAACGCCCCCCAGCCGGAGCACCCGCUCAGGGCGGACCUGGCGGAGGAGUACACUAAGGACCGCGCGAAAUUCAUGAAGAAUGCCGAAGAGUUCACAAAGAAACACAGUGAAAAGCGACCUGUAGACUGAUGACACAACACUGCCCCGCGCACCCGUUAGCCUCUGUUCUGUUUCCUGACCGAAGAACCCAGCCUGACUCUCUGUUCUCAGCCCCGCCUCCCACAAAGACGCCCCGUUCUCAUGUACCUGCGAUGUUUAGCACUCUCUCCAACCAGUCUUUUAAUAGAGGCUCGUUUUUCUGUUCCACUUUACCAAAAAAAAAAAAAAAAUCUAAGAAAAAGAAAAAAAGCAGGACUUUUUUGGUGAGUAGGCAGCUUCCGGCCUCCAGGUGUCAUCUUUUUGGUUUGUUUAUUUUCACUUCUUUCUACUGAUUUCUUUUUAGAAAAAAAACCCAACAAAUUGUGUGAGGUGGCAUCUUGAAGGUUAAAUUAAACAAUUAAAAAGUGCUCACCUGAAUGUUGAAUUUUCUCCCUUACAAUGUUCUUAUUUACGUCUUUUCUUUUAGCAGCAGCAUCCACAGCCUCCUCCUUUCUCACCAUCCACCUUCUGCUGCUAGUUGGAAUAAGUUUGUUACAGAUAACGACCUCGCAGCAAUGUUCAGGUGUCAUUUAAAUCAUUCUUAUUUUGUAUUUUUAGGAGAAUAUUCCUUCUAAAUAAAAUAUUUCCACCUCU